UUGUUUUGGUGUCGCCGUUUGCGCCGUGCGCACUAACUAGCAUGUUGCGAGUCUGUAGUUUUUUUGUUUUUCCUCCAUCUGCAAUAUGAAGAAUGGAAGAAGACGAUGUGACUAUCAGAGAGCAGAAUUUCCACAGCCAAGUUCGGGAGUACAUCAUUUGCUUCCUGCUGUUUGCAGUACUCUACAUUGUUUCAUACUGCAUCAUAACCAGAUACAAGAGAAAAAGUGAUGACCAUGAGGAUGAAGAUGCUGUCGUCAACAGAAUAUCGUUGUACCUGUGCACCUUCACCUUGGCGGUGUCGGGUGGUGCCGUGUCCCUCCUGCCUUUCUCUAUCAUUAGUAAUGAGAUCCUCCUGUCCUUCCCCAAAAACUAUUACAUUCAGUGGCUCAAUGGAUCCCUCAUCCAUGGGCUGUGGAACCUUGUGUCAUUGUUUUCCAACCUCUGCCUCUUUGUCCUGAUGCCCUUUGCCUAUUUCUUCUUGGAGUCUGAGGGAUUUGCAGGAUCUAAAAAGGGCAUUAAAGCACGCAUUUUGGAGACAUUUGUGAUGCUUUUCCUGCUGGCUUUACUCAUUCUGGGCAUAGUGUGGGUGGCAUCAGCACUCAUUGACAAUGAUGCAGCCAGUAUGGAGUCACUCUAUGAUCUCUGGGAAUUCUACCUACCAUACCUCUACUCCUGUAUCUCCCUGUUGGGUGGGCUUCUUUUGCUAAUGUGUACUCCUGUGGGACUCUCUAGGAUGUUCACUGUCAUGGGCCAGUUACUAGUGAAGCCAACCAUCCUGGAGGACCUGGAUGAGCAGAUUUACUGCAUCCAUUUGCAGGAGGAAGCCCUUCAGAGGAGAUUAAACGGACCAUCCUCGCACCCUUACUCCCGAGUUGGCUCCGUUCACCAGCUCAACAAAGAGUUGGACAACAUCAAGAAUCAGAGAAACAAACUGGAGAGGAGAAAAAAAGCAUCAGCCUGGGAGAAGAACCUGCUGUAUCCCAUGGUGAUGCUGAUUCUGCUCACAGGAACGACAAUCUCAGUUCUGAUGGUGGUAUUGAACAUCCUCUACCUGCUGGUGGACGAGACGGCCAUGCCAAAAGGAUCCACAGACCGAAGCAUUGGAAACACCUCAUUGUCCACGUUUGGUGCGGCCCAGGCGGUGCUGGAGAUCAUCCUCAUGUUCUACCUGAUGGUGUCCUCAGUCGUCGGCUUCUACAGCCUGCGAGUCUUUAAAGGCCUCACCCCCAGGAAGGAUGACACAACCAUGACGACGAUCAUUGGUUGCUGUGUGUCAAUCUUGGUACUAAGUUCGGCCUUGCCAGUGAUGUCCAGAACUCUUGGUAUCACCAGGUUCGAUCUCUUGGGAGACUUUGGGAGAUUUAAUUGGCUUGGCAAUUUCUACAUCGUCCUCUCGUACAACCUCUUGUUUGCCGUUGUGACAACGCUGUGUCUUGUCCGGAAGUUCACAUCGGCGAUACGAGAGGAGCUCUUGAAGGCCUUAGGUCUGGAUAAAUUGCAACUGUCAAACAGCCCCACAGACCCAGAGCCAGGGAAGCUCUCGGCUAACGGGCAUCAGAAAACUCUGUGAAAGGGACGAUAG